AUGGCCGACGGACUCAAUGAUGCCAGAGCCAUUCGCAUUGCGGAGAUCAUGACCGACUUCCGGAAUCUGCAGCACUACAUAGCACAGAUCCGGGUAUCGCCGUCACCAGAAGAAUUCUAUCUCGAAGGAUACACCCUCGUCCGCCAGUGCCAUGCCGAGGCCCAGGCAGUCCUCAAUGCCCCGUUCAACGCCAAUCCCUCGCCCGGUGAGGAUGUGGAGCAGCAGAAGGUGCUCCUCAAAGCCGUGCUCCUGGAUGCCAGUCUACGCCGCUUCCGCUGCCAGAGAAUCUACCUGCGCGCAACGGCAGCCAUGCGUUGGAUCAACUCGCGCAACGCCAUCUUGCGGGGGGAGAGCGCGGAUCCUGCGGGGCUGCAGAACGUCGACGCUUCGCUGCAAUCGGAGCUUGCGAACAUCACGGACGAAUAUGUCGAGUACAGCCUCCGGGCCCAGGACCUUCAGCAAGGGAAAUGGCUCAACGAGGACCCUGAGCUCGCCAUCAUGCAGCAGUACUUGUUCUAG